AUGUCGACCCCCAAGCUCUUCAGCCAACCGCCCGCAACACCCACCUACAUCCUCUCCUACCCAGCACCCUAUGUCCUCCUCAUCACGAUCAACAGGCCCAAAGCCAUGAACUCGCUUCCGUACGCCUCUCACUGGGAAGCCGAUGCGCUCCUCCAAUGGUUUGACGCCGAGCCUUCGCUCCGAGUAGCAGUCAUCACGGGAACUGGAAAGGCAUUCUGCGCUGGACAGGACUUGAUCGAGCAACGAGAUCUUGCCAAUCUGAGAGAAAAGAAGGCAAGAGGAGAAAAGGUAGAGGUGCCAGAUAGGAGGUUAUUGGUACACCCAACCAACGGCUUCAUGGGCGUGAGCAGACGAUCAGGCAAGAAGCCGGUUAUCGCGGCUGUCAACGGCUGGGCCAUGGGAGGAGGGUUCGAGAUAUGCCUGGGCUGCGACAUGAUCGUUGCGUCCCCGAACGCGACUUUCGGUUUACCAGAAGCCAUGCGCGGGUUAUACGCUGGAGCUGGCGGCCUCUCUCGUCUCGUUCGUUUGGCUGGCAUUACUGUUGCAAGCGAGGUUGCGAUGGCCGGUCGAUUUUUGAGCGCCCAAGAGGCGGCGAAGUACCUCAUUGCGAACAAGGUCUCGAAGACGCAUGAGAGCUUGGUCGAUGAGGCUGUUGAGUUGGCGUCGAAGGUUGCCAAUCUCAGCCCGGACUCCAUUGUCGUGACGCGCCAUGGGUUAAGACAGGCUUGGGAGCAAGCGAGUGUGGAGCGGGCGAGCCAGGAGACUGAGAUGCGGUAUGGGACCGCAUUGAGGGACGGAGAUAACCUGGGAAUCGGGUUGAGAGCGUUUGCAGAUAAGAAACAGCCGCAGUGGGUUCCGUCGAAGUUGUAG